AUGGCGAACAACGACAAGAUAAAGAACAAGGUUUGCCUGAUCGUCAUCGAUGAUCACCUUUUUGCGCUCAUCAAGGCCAUCAAAGCCCACCAGGUUCCGGAGCUCUACAUCCAAUUUUAUGGCGAUGGGCGCGAUACCUCUCCGAACUCGGGUCUGGGCUUCCUGAAGGACACCCUAAAGUUCUUGGACGAGCAACAAUACGGAGAGCUAGCGACGAUUGUCGGAAGGUAUUAUGCGAUGGACCGUGACAAGAGAUGGGAGCGUAUUGCCGUGGCUUAUGAGGGAAUGGUUGGUGGAAAGGGCGAGGAGACUUCUAAAGAAAAGGUGACAUCCGUAGUGGAAGCCCGUUACGCCGCCAACGAAACUGACGAAUUUUUGAAGCCUAUCAUUGUGAAUGGUGACAAGGGCCGCGUGAAGGACGGAGAUACUCUGAUCUUCUUCGACUACCGCGCCGACCGCAUGCGCGAGAUUAGCGAGGUGAUGGGCAUGGAAGCCUACAAGAAUUGCAAUUCGUCCCUGCCCCACCCAAAGGAUCUCCAAGUUUAUGGAAUGACACAGUACAAGGCUGAAUUCCCAUUCCCUGCCCUUUUCCCACCGAAUUCGAACAAAAAUGUCUUGGCAGAGUGGCUGGCCACCCAAGGCGUUUCACAGUUCCACUGUGCCGAGACUGAAAAAUACGCUCACGUCACGUUCUUCUUCAACGGCGGCCGGGAGGCCCAUUUUGAGGGCGAGGAGCGAUGCAUGGUGCCCAGCCCAAAAGUGCCAACCUACGACCAUAUGCCGGAGAUGUCGUCGGCCGGUGUCGCUGACAAAAUGGUCGAGCAGGUGGAGGCUGGAAAACAUCCGUUCUUGAUGUGCAACUUCGCCCCGCCCGACAUGGUCGGCCAUACUGGCGAAUAUGAGGCGGCUGUGAAGGCCUGCGAAGCUACCGAUAUUGCCAUUGGGCGGAUCUUUGAUGCGUGUCAAAAGCACGGCUAUGUAUGCAUGGUGACUGCCGAUCACGGGAAUGCCGAAAAGAUGAUUGCUCCCGAUGGUGGCAAACAUACAGCACACACCUGCUACCGCGUCCCCUUCACCAACAGCUCCGACAAGUUCAAAUUUUUGUCAAAGUUGGACAACCGUGAAAUGGCGCUGUGUGAUGUGGCUCCGACGGUGCUCUACAUUAUGGGCCUGCCAAUCCCUCCCGAUAUGUCUGGAGUUUCGCUUGUUGAGGGCCCGCAG